GACAAACACGAUGUGAUAUUAACGAAUUUACUUGUGAUAAUGGAGAUUGUAUUCCUGAUGGGUAUAAGUGUAAUGGUGCCAACGACUGUAUUGACAACUCGGACGAGGCAAAUUGUGCGUGUGGUGCUGAUCAAUUUACUUGUGACAAUGAAGAAUGCAUACCACAAAAUUGGCAGUGUGAUGAUUGGGAUGACUGUGGUGACAACAGCGAUGAAGAUGGAUGUGUAUGUGACGUAGAUGAAUUUACCUGUGAUAAUGGAUAUUGUAAACCUUCAAGUUGGAUAUGUGAUGGUUAUGACGAUUGUGGAGACAACUCAGAUGAGCAGAACUGUGGACAAACAGGAUGUGAUAUUAACGAAUUUACUUGUGAUAAUGGAGAUUGUAUUCCUGAUGGGUAUAAGUGUAAUGGUGCCAACGACUGUAUUGACAACUCGGACGAGGCAAACUGUGGGUGUGAUGUUGACGAAUUCACUUGUGAUAAUGGAAAUUGUAAACCUUCCAACUGGAUAUGUGAUGGUGAUAACGAUUGUGGGGACAACUCAGAUGAGCAGAACUGUGGUGGUGCUUGGUCUGACUGGUCAGUUUGGGGGUCUUGCAGCGUUAAUAAUGAAUUCUGUGGAGUUGGUGAAAAGAUGAGGUAUCGACAAUGUCUUGACGAGGUCUUGGGAUGUAGGGGAGAAGAAGCCGAAUAUCAACUAUGUGAAAUGAAUGACUGCGUUGAGGCAGAUUCUGGAUGUGGUAGUCGAGUUACCGUCAGCCAACCUCGCAUAGUAGGUGGCGAAGAUGCUCUUCCUGGAGAGGCGCCAUGGCAGGCGCAGAUGUUCUAUAUACCACACGAUGACGUUGUGUGUGGUGGAACCCUUGUAGGACCAAAACACGUCAUUUCAGCCGCUCAUUGCUUUGAUAAUCCUCCAAACCCAGCAGUUUGGAUGAUUCGUCUCGGUAGAUAUACAAGAGGCAAACCACUAAGUCCCGCUGAUGGUGAAUCAGUCGAGGUUGGCGUUGAAGAAAUCAUAAUCCACGAAAAAUAUGACACACCAGUGGAUAGCGACAAUGAUAUAGCCUUAGUUAUUCUCGACACAGAAGUUGAUCCAAGUGAUUUCAUUAACUAUGCUUGCCUCAAUUAUAACAUCACAUUCCACGGGGACAGCUCGUGUUUUGUCUCUGGAUGGGGGACUUUACAACAGGGUGGGUCUCUACCCAAUAUUCUGCAGAAAGCAUAUGUUCCUAUACUUCCCGAUGAUAUUUGUAGAAUUCUUAAUGGAGAAUCUUCGGUAACUGAUAAUAUGAUGUGUGCUGGUUACAUUGCCGGUGGUAUCGAUUCGUGUCAGGGUGAUUCUGGUGGUCCGUUGGUCUGUAUUAACACAGAUGAAAACACUGGUAUUAGUCGAUGGCAUUUAGCUGGAAUAACCAGCUGGGGUUAUGGGUGUGCCCUGGCUAAUAACCCUGGUGUGUACACACGUGUAUCUCGGUAUUACGAAUGGCUACACGGGCAUGGUGCAAUGUAAUUACCAGCGACGCGGUGCAGAUUCAUGACUAACUGACGACUGAAUUUAAUAUGCAAUCAAUAUUAUUAUGUUUUGAUAAAACAGGGAUAUGGGACAAAGCCAAAUACGGGAAUUGUGCCUCGGGCUGUAAGUCAUAAUCCCAUGACAAUGGCUCUAUAUACUCAUUGUGAGACACAUUACAUUUAAUCAUAUCUUUUUCUUAAAUCUUGUGAAUGAAUGUAGAUAAAACACACAUACACACACAAUUCUUCAUAAGACUGGCUAAUAAUUGAACGCGCCAAUCAUGCUAAAGUAAAUGAUACUAUUAUUUUCACAUAGACUUAGUAGCAUUUUGUGUUGAACAGAAGCAAUGCGUUAAGCAACUGAAUAUGAACAAUACAUAUUUGGACUUCUACAACAUUGUGACAUUUUAUCGAGUCUGUAACAUCAUACCCCCUACAUACAUAGGAAUUAAUUGUGUUAGGACCACUUAGUAGUAUGAAUAUUAAGAUUGUAUUUGUGUGUGUAUGUUUGUUUUUUUUGCAAAUCAAUAAGUGGGUCCAAAUAUAAUAGUCUAUACAAGAAUGAUUUAAAAUUCAUUAUUAAAAACUUGUUCUGUGUAUUUGUAGAGUUUCACUUUUGACAUCGACAUUACUCUGCCAUAAUCGUGAACGUCAGAGACAGAAAUAAGUUUAUGCAAGUUACUCUGGAUACUAACGACACGUGCGUGUAGAUUUUAUUUAUUUUAAUUGUGUGUUUCUAUGGUUUCUAUGGCAUUAAAAAUGCAGGGG